UGUAUCAGCCCUCCCGCGCCCCGUCCUCCUCGCCACCACGCCUUUGACUGCUCGUGCCCGCCGCUGCUCAUCAUGGACAUUAGGGGAAAGCAGCCAUCCACCUGGGACGCGUACGACGGCGCCGCGAGGGCCUCAGUCGACUCGGAUGCAGGAAGCCGAGUGCAGUGGGACCAGCUCGAGCGGCGCCCCAGCCGAGAGAGCAACAUGACAGGCGGGGGGCGCUGGUCAGAGGCAGCCGGCGAGCUGCGGCGACGGAGAUCCUCCAUCGGCCACCAGUUUGGCGCCCUGGGCGACGCCGGUGGCGUCAACAGCAUCAACAACUUUGCGCGGUCCUGGCAGCGUGCCGCCGGCUUCUUCGAAAUCACACCUGUGCGCCCCUCGUUCCGCGUCGAGCACGACGGCGACGACGACGACGACGACCAAGAUGGCGACAGCGGGGCGACCGAGUUUGUGCGCAGCGGCCUGCCAGCCUCGAUACCAGACCAGCGAUCAGCCCUGAGGGAGGCGCUGCAGACGCAGGGAAGGCACUCGUCCGACAACGCAGUCGCCGAUGAAGAGCAAGCGGUGAAUGAACAGACGCAGCUGCUGCCCCACGCAGUCGAGCAGCGCCUGAGAGGAAGAGGGUCGAGCAUAUUCCAGGUCGAGCCCUCGCUGUCGUCGCCUUUUGGCGCAAGCUACGGCACCGCAUACGGCAGUCUGAGCUCGCGCUUCAACGAGUCGUCGAUGCGCCACGCAGGAAGACUGUUCACCGAGCAGCAGACCAAGGGGGCGACCGAGCCCGAACAAGAGCGAGAGCCGCUUCUUGUCAAGCAGAUUGAAGAGGACGGCCAUAUCAUCAAUGUGGUUGUGGGCCAAUCCACCGUGCCCCAGACUAUUUUCAACUCGGUCAACGUGCUGGUUGGCGUGGGGCUGCUCACUCUCCCCCUGGCCUUCAAGUACUCGGGCUGGCUGAUUGGCAUGAUUUUCCUGGCAUGGUCAGCUGUUGUCACUUCGUACACUGCGAAGCUGCUAGCAAAGUGCCUGGACGUUGAUGGCUCCUUGAUUACAUUCGCCGACUUGGCCUAUGUCUCGUACGGAUCAAAAGCCCGAAUUGCCGUCAGCAUGUUGUUCUCUCUCGAGCUGCUGGCAGCCUGUGUUGCGCUCGUGGUGCUGUUUGCUGACAGCAUGGACGCUCUCAUUCCUGGCUGGGAUAUCUUGCAGUGGAAGAUUCUGUGCGGCUUGAUCCUGAUACCGCUGAGCUUUCUACCGCUCCGCUUUUUGUCAUUUACGUCUGUUUUGGGCGUCAUGUCCUGCUUUGGAAUUACAAUUGCCAUCUGGAUCGACGGCCUUGUGAAACCCGACGCUCCCGGAUCUAUACGCCAGCCCGCAACGCAGUACCUGUUUCCCGACAACUGGCUUACCGUCCCCCUCUCAUUUGGCCUGCUCAUGUCUCCCUGGGGCGGUCAUUCUGUUUUCCCAAACAUCUACCGCGACAUGCGACACCCUUACAAGUACCGGAAAUCAGUCGACGUGACGUACAUCUUCACUUACAUCAUCGACGUCGGGAUGGCAUGCGCCGGCAUCCUCAUGUUUGGCGACGACGUCAAGGAAGAAAUCACGAGCAACAUCUUCCUGACACAGGGUUUCCCCAAGGGCAUUUCCGUCUUUAUCGCAAUCUGCAUCGCCAUUAUCCCCCUGACAAAGAUUCCGCUCAACGCCAGACCCAUUGUCAGCACUCUCGAGCUUCUCUUUGGGCUGGACGCACGUUCUCUCGCCAUGUCAUCCUCGAUGGGUGGCAUGAGUGGUCUUACUCGGGGAGCCCUCAAAAUUUCCCUGCGCAUCAUUACCAUUAUUAUUUUCGUCUUCAUCGCUACCGUUUUCCCUUCGUUCGAUCGCAUCAUGACGCUCCUCGGAAGCGUCGCCUGUUUUAGCAUUUGCAUCAUCCUACCAUUGAUGUUCCAUUUGAAGCUUUUUGGAAAAGAGAUUUCCAGCGGCGAGAAGACGAUGAAUUGGGUACUGAUCGCGGUGAGUACCGUAAUGGCCAUUGUCAGUACCGCGUUUGCUUGCGUGCCCAAGGAGACACUCGGGGCCUAGACAUGAAGAUAUGUUUAUUGGAGGAGGCAUGAAAAGUUUAAUGUUGUAGUGUGUUCUUGGCUCGUACACCGUUCGAUAUCCAGGAUGUAGUUUGGCGUUUUGUAGCAUUUGUUCGGCUUUCCUUUUGGCAUCAGUAUGUAAACCAGCAUUCAUGACCGAGUUCGAGGUUCACUGUCUUUACAGAGGCAGUGGCCUUUUCCUUUCACUAGAGAAUCAGGGUCUAGCCUGCACUCACUUUCCGCCCAAGCGCCCUGCGCCUGCCGUUUUAGUGUAUAGUUUUGCAGUAGAGUAGGAUCAAU